AUGGCCGAGCGUAAAGUCCUCAACAAGUACUUCCCGCCGGACUUCGACCCCUCGCUCAUUCCGAGGAGGAAGGGCGCGAAGAACUCGCAGCAGGUUGUCCGUCUCAUGGCUCCUUUCUCAAUGAGAUGUAACACGUGCGGCGAAUACAUCUAUAAAGGCAAGAAGUUCAAUGCCCGCAAAGAGACAGUCGAAGGCGAGGAGUACUACGGCAUCAAAAUCUUCCGUUUCUACAUCAAGUGCACGUUAUGCUCAGCGGAGAUCACCUUCAAGACCGAUCCGAAGAAUACGGACUACGCCGCAGAGCAUGGAGCGUCACGUAACUUUGAACCGUGGAGAGACGAGCAGGCUGUGGAGGAGGAGGAUCGUCUUGCCAAGCUAGAGGAGGAGGAGAACAACCCCAUGAAGGCGUUGGAGAACCGGCAAGUUGACUCUAAGCGGGAGAUGGACAUUCUCGACGCGUUGCAAGACAUCCGUGCGCGUAAUGCACGAAACGAGCGCGUGGGGAGGGACACGGAUGAGCUUCUUGCGCGUAUAGGAUUGGAGGAGGAGCCGAGCGAAGAAGAUGAGCAGCGAAAGAGGGAAGAGGAGGAGGACGAGAAGCUGGUCUGGGAGGUAUUCUCGAAGGUGCACGUCCCCACGCCGGGCUCCUCGUCGGAUACAAGCGGCUCGGCUGUGAUUACGGUCAAACGCAAGGCAGACCAGCUGGAUGCUGCGAGGGCCACCAGCUCUCUAUCUCCUUCGUUAGCGUCAUCUGUCGCGUCCGUAUCAGCCCCCGUGGCGAAGAAGAAGAAGAUGGAUGGUAAAUCGUUGGGCAUCAAGAUAACCAAGAAGCCCAAGGCAGCCGCUGCAUAA